AUGGGCUCGUUCGACUAUAUUGUCGACGAAGGCUACGAAGUCUCCGUAGAUUCCACACAUUGGCGAGGACUCUCUGAUUGUACUUCCGUUAGCAUGGACUCGGCCGGAGUACCGGUAGUGGUGAACGCGCCGCCGGGAGAGAAUUUAGCUUCUGAAGUCGCUGGACGAAGUUGGCUGAGAGACUACGUGGAUGGACUUGCGUCGAUUUCAUCUCCCACGUUAUCAUUUCGCAGCUCUGGCAGGUUUUUCACUGGUAGUAGUCACCGGAGCAACACGGUAGUCGCCGUCGGCGAGGAAUUGGAGGCUAAUCGUAUUGGAGAAGAGAUAAGUGAGUUGUUUCGGUGGUUCUCAGGGGUAUGA